AUGUUCAGAAGCCGACGUUUACAGGAGUAUCUGCGUGGUGGUAUUGUUGGCACUUUUUUUGCUUCUAUUUUUCCUUCGUACGCCAUUAACCUCGCAAAUAUAGAAGCCGGUGAGCCGCUUCCUUCACUCAGUCAAGGAUCCGCAUUUCCUGAAGUUAACGGUGUUCAUCGUGGUGGUGACGAGCACGAACACAUUGACUUGACACAGGCCAUCUCAAUCCCGGCUAGACCAACCCCAGAAACUGCUUCCUCAAGUGGCGCGGUUCCUUCUAGCCAUUCUUUUGAAGGUGUGUUACCCUUCUACAAUUUGGUCUGA